UUAAUUUGUGUGCGGCUGCGCGCUGCUCAAUGCUUUCGCCGUUGCUGACGCGAGUGGUCAGGGAAACGGAGUGUGUGUAGCUACUCUCUGGCAGCUAGCUAGUUAACGAAGGCCAGAGUGUAGUAUUAGUUGGGAGCCUAGGGGACAAGGUAAUGAUAGUGAGUCAGCGGCAAUAACCAGCUUGUUACCAACCUCUCUCCCGUAUGUGAUCGCCCUUGCUCGUCGUCGGACGCUGCCAGCGAGGGCCAAGGAACAAAAUAGCAUAUCGCCAUUAUAUGAUCCAGUGUCCAGCGUCACUUUUACCCUCCAUGUGGGUGAGGGAACUGUGUGUAUCAGAUUAUGGCGAGAAAAACAGUUAGCAGGAAAAGGAAGGCAGGAGAGCCCAAAGACCAACAACAGCUGGGCUGGUGUCAAGCGCCACACAAGCGGAGCCGUGUUUCUUGUUCAUCACGUCACGCCCAGCAGUGGUGGUGCAGUCGGCGCUCGGUGGUAUGUGCUCUCCGGGGGCGGGAGUUCAGACCUCAACAGCAGCACGAGUUGCGGCUCCAGCGGAGCCUUCAGGGUUUUGCAGCUGGCAGGCUCCCCGGCAUCCUCAAGGAGAGGGAGUUCUCCCUGGGGCGACUCAACAAGGUGUUUGCUUCACAGUGGCUCAACCACAGGCAGGUGGUGUGCGGGACCAAGUGCAACACGCUUUUUGUAGCUGAUGUCCUGACGGGGCAGAUAACUCGCAUUCCCAUGCUGAAGGACAGGGAGUGUCAUGGUGGAGGCUCUGGGGUGGCGGGGCGGCAUUACCACCCCAUAGCAGGCUCUCGUGCCCGGCUGGACCAGCAGGGUUGUGGGAUCCACGCUAUUGAACUCAACCCCUCCAGAACACUGCUAGCCACCGGAGGAGACAACCCCAACAGCCUGGCCAUCUACCAGCUGCCCACACUGGACCCUGUUUGUGUGGGAGAUGAAGGUCACAAUGACUGGAUCUUCUCCAUAGCAUGGAUUAGUGACAAUAUGGCGGUUUCUGGGUCCCGAGAUGGCUCCAUGGGCCUGUGGGAGGUGACGGAGGACGUAAUGAGCCAGGCUGAACGCAGUCAGAAUGAGGAGGCAGUACCUUCAUACGCCCACAUCUCCCACCGUGCCCUCAAGGACAUCCCAAAGGAGUACACCAACCCAUACAACUGUAAAGUCCGUGCACUGGCCUUCAACAACAAUCAUAAAGAGCUGGGCGCUGUGUCUUUGGAUGGCUAUUUCCACCUCUGGAAAGCUGAGCACAACUUGUGCAAGAUACUCUCCACCAAGCUGCCUCACUGCAAAGAGAAUGUGUGUUUGGCAUAUGGACAGGACUGGUCAGUGUACGCGGUGGGUUCUCAGGCCCAUGUUUCCUUUCUGGAUCCACGGCAGCCUACACACAGCAUCAAGUCCGUCAAUUCCAGAGAGCGGGGAAGCGGGAUCCGUUCAGUGAGUUUCUACGAGCAUAUUGUUACAGUGGGCACCGGCCAAGGUUCCCUUCUCUUCUAUGACAUCCGGGCCCAGAGAUUCUUGGAGAACCCUUUGAAUCCAGCCGGAGGGUACCGGAAGUGCCCAGGAGAUGGCAUCCUCAAACUCUCUACAGGGAAAGGCUGGCUGAAUCACGAUGAGACGUGGAGAAGUUACUUCUCAGACAUUCAUUCCUUCCCCAACGCGGUGUACACCCACUGCUACGACGACUCUGGCACCAAGCUGUUUGUAGCGGGUGGGCCACUCUGUUCUGGCCUGCACGGCAACUACGCAGGACUGUGGAGCUAGCCUCUUCGUCUUCUCCCUCACUCUGUCACUACAUCCUCGUCCAGAUUUAUUCCUAACCAGUCCCUCCAUCCCUCUUCUUCUACAAGUUACUCUGUUUUACUCACACAUGGACUCAGGAGCAUGAUCUUGCCCCCCCACAGUAUCACAGCUUUGAAUAUUGUGUGUUUGUGUCCACUUUUACACUAUACCUUUCUCCUCCAAUUAUUCCUUUACUCCUUCCACCUCAGCUACUCAGUUGUUGUUAUUUUUUUUAUAUGAAAAUGUACAAACAAUUAACUAGUAAUUUUCAAGAGCUGCAAAGUCUGCCACUGAGGAACUCGGAAGACUUUUGAAAAAAACAUUAAGAAUAAAGUAAUACGUGUUCUCAUCAUUUAAAACAUCCAACCCGCAGGAAUUAGGCUCUGGUCUUUUGCAGGCUUGUUUUUGUAUGUAAGAAUAGUGUUUACCGCUGCUUCCUCUGUGUGUCUUUGUGAAAUAUCUGUGGAAUUUUUCUCCCCAAAGUUCCUUUUCAGUCUCUCACUGAAAUGGAUGGCAAUAAAAGAGAGGGAGAGAGGAAGGACUGAAGAGACAAUUCAUUUUGAAGGACUGAACCCGAGUGCAGUUUGACGUUUGAUAAAGAAUAUUAACUGGUUGGAACAGUGCGCCCUGUCCGACAAGAAUCACAAAGAACUUCUCUCUUUUCCAGGCAGAAGUAAAAAAUUAAGAAGCCAAUCAAAAUGGGACUUUGUGUUCAUAUUUUUUCUCACUGAGAUGAUGUAAAGGAGGAACAUUUAGAUUGCUGAAUGCAGUGUUCUGCUCUGAAUUAAUCCCAACAAAUGCAUAUUUUAUUUGUGACUGUGUGUGAUUUGACAGGCAAACCCCUGCUGAUAUUCUAAUUUGCUUUAUUUGUAUUUAUUUUCACUUUUUCUCUGUCACAUUUAUUCGGUUGGUCAGGGGUGUUUAUAUCUGCUUCUUUUAAAGGAUGUAUUGUUUCUUUGGCAUCGCUUAUGUUCCUGUGACCAGAAUGCUUUCAGCAGAUUUGUCUAUUAGUGGUGUUAAAAUUCUGAUCUGUAAAUGUUCUGGUGUUACUAGAGAAUUUUAAGUCUUGAUAGCAAGUUGAAUAUCAUCAAAUAUGAUGAUUGAUAGAUUGAGGAGCUUUUUAAUGACUGGGUUACAUCCACCCCCCCCCCGUGAUUCUCCUCCACAGGAACUUGGGAGAAGAUCUGUAGUAGUUCACUUUAAUCUUCUCAGCCAUCCAGCAAGAAGGAUGCAUGGAGAACUCAAGAGAAUUUUUGGACUCAACCCUAAAGUUAGAUGCUGCAGGCACAUACAUUUGUUGUGACCGUUGUAAAACGUUAUUUUUUUUUUUUCCUUUUUUUUUUUUUUUUCUUUUUGUACCAAGGAUUGAGUGAUUCUACUCUAUUCCUGUUUGGUAGAGUCAGGGUAGGCUUGAGUUAUGUUUUUGCCUUCCUUGGGUCUUUCUGUGAAAGACUGCCACAGGCGAUCAUAGUUUUCCUUUUCUACAUGGAACUUUUCUCCAGUUUUCAUGAUAAUGACCUAUUGAAAAGAGAAGCCCCAAUUACGACCACAAAUUGAGCAAUUAACCAACACUUGUAAAGUGUAUUUUAUAUAUAAAUGUGUAUAUGUAUGUGUAAAAUACAUAGGGACAAUUGCAUACAUUUUUAUGUAUAUGUCUGAGGAAGUGUGUGGAUUGAUCGGUCUAUUUGGUGAUGCCCUGUUUUUUUAUACAUGCCUCAUGAAUGUUUUUACAAAUGACUGAAUCUGAGGAUAUUGUAAGAUAUAAACAUCUGGGGGGAAAACAAGCUAUUAAAUCUUUUAAAAAAAGAGGACAUAAUAAAAAUAAAAUGUAUAUUGAUGUAACA